AUGCCUCCGGCCCCAGACCUCAGCCCGCGGCGGGAAUUCAACCCUGAUGCCUCCUUAGUGCUGGUCGGCAUCCGAGGGUGCGGGAAGCGUUCCUUGGGCUUCGUUGCGGCUGCUGCUUUAAAGCGACGUUUCAUCACGGAGGACCAUUACUUCAAAGAAGUCACCGGGCUCACGCGGCAUGAAUAUCUUCAGCACUAUGGCAGCCAAGAGUUUCAACGUCGCGAUAUCGAUGUUCUCAAGAAAAUGCUUGAUAAUCAUCGUUCGCAAUGUGUCAUUGAGUGCGGUCUUGGGAGCCUGACUCGCCCGGUACAGGAGCACCUCCGUUUGUAUUCGGCAACCAAUCCCGUCGUGUACCUUGUCCGUGACAUGGAUCGCAUCCAACGCCUGUUAGGCUUAGACGAACAGGCAGUCAGGUUACUCUGUGAGAGCGACCCUUUGCACAGGACUUGUUCGAAUUUCGAGUAUUACAAUGUAGAAGACCGUUCCAACAUGUCGGCUCAGACUGACGAAGACACGGCGGACCGCCGUUCGAUCAGUUAUUCGUUCAAAUUACGAGAGGCGAAGGAGGAUUUCACUCGUUUUGUACGUUUCGUCACCGGUGCAGACGUGGAUCAAUCCGGCUACGAUUCACCGUUUGUGCUGUUGGAGACACCUCCCGAACUGCGAUCCUUCACCCAUGCGAUCUUCGUCCGCUCUUCGAAUUUGAUUGAAGGGGCUGUUGACUUGGCGGAGCUGGAGUCGGGUGGAGAUGCGAUUGAGCUCUGCGUUGACCGCUGGGGCUCAACCAUGGCAAACACUGUGAGCAGGCAGGUCUCCUUGCUUCGCAGGAAUGCCCGGACACCCAUCGUAUUCUCUAUCGACACCUCAGCAUCUGGAAUCGGUAGCGGUGACCUCUCCUCGGCCCAAUUAUCCAAGCUGUACUUUCAUAUCCUGGAGCACGGCUUAAGGCUGGCAGUGGAGUAUCUAGCCGUGGAUUUGGGUCAAGAUCAGUCCCUGUUGAAACGGGUGAUUCGCAACAGGGGCAGAACAAAGAUCAUUGGGCAUUACGUCAUUGAACCAUCCUCCUGCGUGUCUUGGGAGGAUGAUGAGUGCCUUUCCCUUUAUAUCGAAGCUGAAAAGCUUGGUUGUCAACUUGUGCGCAUCCUGCGGGUGGCCACCGAGCGCGAAGAUAAUGCAGCCGUUGGCAAUUUCACAAACAAGAUUCAGUCCUUAUCCGGAACGCACCCACCUAUAAUUGCCUACAAUACAGGCAGUCUGGGGAGAACUUCUCAAGUCUUCAAUCCAGUACUUACUUCCGUGACCCAUCCAGCGAUCACGCGUCAUUUGAACAAUGGCAGGGACGCCUUGAUCACUUCACAAGACGCAGUUCAAGCCUUAUUCCAGAGCUAUACGCUAGACCCUCUUCAAUUCUACAUUCUCGGAGGAAACGUCGCGUACAGUCUUUCGCCUGUCAUGUACAAUGCUGCUUUCCGCCACUGCGGGAUGAGCCACACGUACAGUAUCCCCGAAUCUCCCUCCCUUGCGGCAUUAGACAGACUCGGCCGUGACCCGCAUUUUGGAGGUGCGAGCAUUGUUCAGCCAUGGAGAGUACAGGUCUCUCAGAAACUGGCCUCAAAAAGCAGACAUGCUGAGGCUAUCGGAGCGAUCAAUACUAUCAUGCCGUUACGUGCACGCGCAGAUGGUACCAUGUUUCCAUUGCAAGAGCAGGCCAGCCGCCGUAAUCAGGCGGGCCCCGUCCUGGGAUGGUAUGGAGAAAACACGGAUUGGGUGGGUAUCAUGACUUGUAUUAGUCGUAAUCUGUCCCCCCGCAACGCCAUCAGUUCCUUGAAAACCACAGGAUUGGUGAUCGGAGCGGGUGGCAUGAGCCGAGCGGCAAUCUAUGCAAUGCUUCGACUGGGUUGCCGCAAGAUCUUCAUAUACAACCGAACUACAUCGCGCGCGGAAAGUGUCGCACGCCACUUUAAUUCUUGGGCUGCAUCGCAGGUAGGGUCAGCUCAAGUGGUCCGGGUGCUGAGAUCGCUUCAAGAUGAGUGGCCAUCAGAUGCCAGUCCUCCGUGCUUGAUCGCCUCCUGCGUGCCUGCAGAUCCCGAUAGAGAUGAGCCUCCAGCCAACUUCGAAAUGCCGCCACAGUGGCUCGGAAGUCCGACUGGGGGCGUGGUCUUGGAGUUUGCAUAUAAACCCCUGGAUACCUCAUUAUUACGUCAGAUGCGUCGAUUCCGAAGCGAAACUGGCCGGCCAUGGGUUCUGGUAGAUGGUCUUGACAACGUUUCAGAACAAGCCAUCGCGCAAUUUGAACUCUUGACGGGACGAAAGGCGCCUCGCCGAUUGAUGACAUUCGAAGCUCUUCGGAAUUACGUUGGUGAGAAGGGACCAUUCGACGAGAGGGCGAUUCAGUCACGGCUAGAUCACGUCUGA